AUGGGGCAGGCCCUGGGCAGGGAAGUCCCUGUGGCGGACCUGGACGCCCUCCACGUCGCCAUCGCUGAGGGCCACUGUGUGACCGUGCACCAGAUCCUGGGGUCCAGCCCCAGCCCGGCCCGCCUGGUCACCGCGCGCCACCCCGACUCCGGCGGAACGGCCCUGCACGUCUCCUGCCGCGCCUGCUGCCUGCGCUGCCUGGACGCCUGCCUGUCCCCGCUCCUGGCGGCCUCGCUGCGGCAGCCGUCGCUGCUGUCGCGAGCGCUGGACGCGCCCAGCAGCCGCACCGGCACCACCGCGCUGAUGACGGCCUGCGGGCGCGGGUUCGACCCCGGCGCGGUCCUGCUCAUCGCGGCGGGGGCCGACGCCGCACUGUCCGACCGUGUGUCGGGCGACUGCGCGGGGCGGCACGCCUACCGCGACCUGCGCGCCGACCACGGCCUGGCGCCGCUGCACUGCGCCGCGCUGCAUGGCGGCGCGGCGGCCGUGGCCGCGCUUCUGCGCGGCGGGGCUAAUGCCGUGGCACUGACCUCCGCGCACAGCACGCCGCCGGGCGCGGAGUACGCGCGCCAGUCCACACCCUUGCACCUGGCCGCCGUGGCGGGGGACGAGGCCUCGGCCCGGGCCCUCAUCCAGUCCACGCUGCGCGGCCGGCUGGCGGGGCUGGACAUACGCCGCUACCGCGAUGCGCGAGGGUGCGGGCACGCCUUCUGCGCCGCCUGCCUGCGCCAGGUGGUGGCCGGGGAGAGGGGGCCCGUGCCUCUGCGCUGCCCGCUGUGCAGGGGCGCCGCCUACGCGCUGGAGCCUGAGCAGGGCUGA